GAAAAAAUAGCAAUCCCCGCGGUGUAUAAUGUACGAGCGAUUUGCGAUUAAGGUUUACUCUAGACGCUGCAACGCUGGACACAUAUUACGCAAAGUAAAGAAUUUGCGCACAAACUGAGUGAGUAAGAAAAUGUCUGACGAUGAUACCCGAUGUGCAGCUGUGUCCCCGUCAUUAAGCUGCGCAAAUGUUGAGGCCGCAUCAUCAUCGUCGUCACCCGUCGGCUUCCAAGAACUCGAAAAGGGUGAACCGAUUUCGGAAGGCGUGAACGUGAAACCAGACACAGAGCCAGCGGAAGUGAACGAUACUGGUGCGGAGGAGGCACACCGAUCGAAUGACCAUGAAGCGACAAAAGUCAAGCAACGAAAAUGCGUUCAAUUUACGACGACUACCACUACGAAAACAACAACAACCACAACACCACCCGGCAGCACCACCACCCCAGAUGACACGCUGCGCAAGUUUAUCGAAGGUGAGGAAAUAUUGGACAAAAAGAACCCGUUCAAGCCAGACGACCGAACCGUCGAACGUGAAGUGUUUGACAGAUACUUUCCCGGCAGCGAGUCCGCGAUUCUUAUCGAGCAAGACGACUACGAUGGCGGUGGUGGUAAUGAUGCGGACGAUUCCGACACCGAUCACGGUGAUGAUAACGUGUUCAUAACGAAGGAAGAGAUAUUGCGCCAGUCGAAGUACGUGAAGACCUACAUUAAAAAUCCCGAUAAGCAGCUCAAUUAUGAUAAAAGUGUAAUCCAGAAAUUGAACGCACUCAAAGCGAAAGGGCGCGAAGUGCGCGAUGUGGUGGUGAUUGACACUACUCCGGUGCCGGUAAGACCUCCAAUACCGGCACCGCGGACCGUUCACAACAGCAACAGCCGAAGACAUGGUUCACCGCAAAUGGAACAGCGCGGUGGUAAUCCUAAACCAGUGCCUCGUGCGCGGCGUGAUUAUGCCGAGGUGAAGGUGCGUGUUGGAUCGGCCGAAGCCGAAGAAUCGCUGUACGAUUCGAACGAGGUCGUCCAGAAUGCUCUCAAGUUUGAUAGCCGGUUUAGGAAGGUAGAAUUUGGCUCCCAGGAUGAUAUCGAUUCGAUUGCGGAACGGACAGAAGAUGGAAGCGAUCAGGUGGAACCUGAUAGUGAGACGGUGGAGCAAGAAAAGCGUCCAGUAGUGAUAGAGGAACAGAUAAAGCAGCAAAACGUUUCACCGAGCAAGAAUCAACCGGACGAAGGUGGACGAAAAACGACAUUUGCCGAGGAUGUGAAGAAAUCCUUCUCAAACACGGUGAAAAGUGCCGACUUUCGGAAGUAUUUACAAAGCAAAGGAUUGUCACUGGUGCCAGCCAAGCCGAAAGCGAUCGAAGGGCCGCUUGAAAAGAAAGAGCAGGAGAAAGUCCAUCGUCUGUCAGGAAUCUCUGUCAGUAGCUCACCUGCAUCCACUCGUCAGCAGAUCAAACCGUCGGUGCUAACGCGCUUCUUUCAGAACAGUCUCUUCUCACCCAAAACGCCUAACGAUCCCGCCUACUCGGGAUCGACGUUCGGUAGAUCUUCCACGCCCGUUCGUUUGGUCCGCCCGCCAAUACGGUAUGGUAGCUUUAAUGGGGACAGUUCGCUCAACAAACAAAGAUCCGUCUUCACGACGGAUGGUGGCGGUAGUAGUAAACCAAAGGUUAAUUUUAAACAGUUGGUAGAUGACGGAGCAAAGCAUGAUACGGUCGGUCCUGUCCGUCGUCCGGCAUCGGUGAAUGAUUUCGAACGACCGAAAUUACGUACACAGCCUGCCAAUAGGUCCCUAUCUUCGGUGGACUCUUUAAAGCGUCCGGUGAAAAAUGCCGGAGUACAAGUGAACUUAGCUACGAUUGGAUCAGGAAGUCAAGUGGUACGUGACAGUCAAUUAGUUCCCAUGCGACAACCUCCCAGACCUCAUAGUAGUAGCAGUGUGUGGCAGCAGCAGCAGCAGCAGCAGCAGCAACAACAACAGCAUCAAGAUUUUAUACCACUCAAAGAGCCUACAAUCCCGUUAAAGCACCAGCAUCAGGUCGCUUAUCAGUCAUUACGCCAACGACCGGAUGCUCGUUUUUAUGGUGGUUCCACCAAUACGGUCGCCCCGCUUUACUCGGAACCAUUACGUGAAGUACCAAUGGUUGUGCCGGACGAAACAGACUCUGGAUUCCGUUCGGCAUUGGACAACGGGUAUCACAUUUACGAGCAAACGCCAGAUAAUUUGCGUCGAAGUGAGCUGGUUUAUGGUAAAAUCGGUUACCUUAGCAACACACAGCUGAAUCGUUGGCAUCCACAGGACCGUCGAUCGUACAGCAGUAUGCAGGAAGGAGUCAUCACUACUGGGAUGAAUGGUGGCACGUACGGUCGCUUACGCCCACUGUACGUGUCCUCUCCGCUGUCUACCCAAUCGACCCCGGUGCGACGCGCUUCCGAUGUGAUCGAUCGUGAGCAAAUCCUUCAUCGAAUCUACGAUUUCUGUCGACGAUCGAUACGAAACAGCAGCCGGACGAGUGUGCACUCGAACCAAACGGAACCACACUCACUGUACCAGAGCGGUGGUCCAGGUUCGAAAAUUGUCCCCACCAGUGGAUCGUUUCCCAUCGAACGGCAGCGUGUGCAGCGAGUACAAAGCCUAACCACGCCACGAUCAUACGUCGGUCGUUCGACGAAUUAUACCAGAGCGGUAGCGGUUUCACCUGCACCGCCACCACCACAACCACCACCCGGUCACUAUCCCAGCCGAAUUCCGACUGGCCCAACUCAAAACCAGCACGAGCGUAAUAUUGAGAAUAUUUACGCCUUUGUGAACAAAAAGAUGGGUCAGAUCGGUGUUGCUGGUGAGCAGCAGCAGCAUAGCGGACGUCGAUCGAUGGUACAAUCAUCCGCUCCAUCGACCCUGCGCAGGGUAACAUUUUCAAGCAAUGGCCUAGGACACGUGGCCCCACAGCCGGAUGGGAUCGAUGAGGCGGACUACGUUAAUAUACGCGGUGCUCCAGAUGGUAUCCAGUACAGAACCACACAAUGCUGAGAUGAGAUUUCACC